AUGGCUUCUCGACGAUCUCUUACCACUCCAGUAGAAGAUUGGGAAGAUUUUCGACAAGCUUUGAAAGAGCUUCCUUCGAUCAAGCAAUCUGAUCAAGACAACAAAAAGAUUCAAUGGGAUUCGUCGGAAUUUGAUAUUGACACAAUUGAUUCGACCCUCGAAUUGAUAAACGAUAACCGACAAGUCUCGUUGUCGUUGGAAACAAUAAGAUCACGGUUUCGUGGAAUUGGUGGAAGAAGAACCAACAAUUCCAAUCUAAACCGGAAAGAGAAACCAGAAUCUAAUUGUACAAGAGAUUUCACAAUCUCAUCAGUGGACGAUUACGCUACGGAAUUUUCCGAUACGGAAGUUAGCGAUCCGGUUUAUCUCCGGUUUAAAUCCUCAAUUACAAAACAGGGUAAACCACUUUGUCCAACCAUAGUUCAAGAAGCUCGUUAUCGAGCCAAUUUAUUCGAACAAGAGCUGCUGCAACAUGACUCGUCAUGGCUACGUACCAGUCUUUUUCGAUCUAGGUGUAUGGUUAAUGGAAAAAUUAUCGAUUUUGUCAUAGAUAGUGGAGGUAGCAGAAAAUUGAUUUCAGAAGAAAUUGUGCGUAAUUUAGCAUUACGCACUGAAUCUCAUCCCACUCCGUAUUGUAUGUAA